AUGGGCAUCAAUUAGUCAAAAGAAGAUUUCAAGUACUCCUGCUAUAAUCCAAACUAACCUUUUAAGCCUCUUACUUCUACUAAAGAAAUAAUUGAGCCAGUUAAAGGACAUACUACAAUAUGGUAGUAUUUUUAGAGAUCAGUAAAAUUGCAUAAAAAUUCUAACUAUCUUGGGAGAUUGAAGCCCGAGGAAAAAUCUAUUUCAAUGCACUAUGAAUGGAAAACAUUUGGAUAAGUAAAUGAGGACGUUUAUAAUCUCAUUAAAGGGUUUUAAAAGCAUCAGAUUUGUGAUGGAUCUAUCAAGUCUCCUGAAGGAUUCACAUUCAUUGGAAUAUACUCUGAAAACAGAUUUGAUUGGAUUAUCACUGAGCUUGCUGCUAUUAGAAUGAAUCUAGUGAUCAUUCCUGUAUUCUAUAGAUAUUUUUCAGCUAGCAUUGAGCAAAUUAUUAACUCAACCUAACUGGACACAAUUUGCGUAUCUAGCCAUACUAUCUAAACUAUCAUUGAUCUCUAAUUAGAGGGCAGAAUUCCAUCUUUAUAAACAUUAAUUUCAUUUGAUGACCCAACAUUUGAAUAAUUCUAACAGCUUCUUGAGACUGGUUUGAGUCUCUAUACCUUCAAUAAAUUGAUCUUAGAUGGUAUGGAUUAAGCUGACAGGAUUCAAGAAAUUCCAGAGCCCACAAAAGAUUCAGUUUUUAUUAUUGCUUACACAUCUGGUACAACGGGAGAACCCAAAGGAGCCAUAUUAACACAUUAAAAUAUAAUUUGUGGGAAUUCUAAACCUGAAUUCUACGGCUUUGAUUUUUCUCACGAAGACGUAAACCUCUCGUAUGUGCCUUUAUCUCACAUUUAUGAAUAGAUACUUUUAGUAAGUAAUCUAAUUCAUGGAUACUCAACUGGUUUCUCAAGUGGAAAUGUCUCUAAGCUUAUGUUAGAUAUUUAGAAGCUGUAACCUACAAUAUUUGGAUCUUUUCCAACUUUUUACAACAACUUCUAUAAAACUAAUCUAGCUAAGUUAAACAUAAAAAGUAAUGAAGUAAAAUAUAUGUCAAAUGAAAAAAAAUAAAUAAUCAAAAACUAAUUUGGCGGUAGGAUAAGAUGCUUUAUUUCAGGAGGUGCUCCCCUCUCCUAAGAAGUAUUUGAUUUUCUUUAAACAUGCUUUGAAUGUCCCGUUUUCGAGGCCUAUGGAAUUACUGAACUUGCAGGUGCAUUAUGCUCAACUGUUUCUUUUGAAACUUAAGCAGGGCUCUCAGGAGGCCCAUUACCUUGUUUAAAGGUCAAAAUAUCAGAUAUAAAAGAACUGAAUUAUAUGUCAACUGAUGAUCCCCCUAGAGGAGAAUUAAGGGUUAAAGGAGAUUCUGUCUUUAAGGCAUACUUUAGAAAUGAAAAACUGAGCAAAGAAGCAUUCGAUGAGGAUGGAUGGUUCAGAACAGGAGAUGUUGUGUCUUAUCUUCCAAAUGGGUCUAUCAAAGUUAUAGACAGAGUUAAAAAUAUCUGCAAGACUCAAAAAGGAUUCUAUGUGGCACCUAACUAUUUAGAAGCAAUCUAUUCUUAAUCCUAGCUAAUUAAACAAAUAUUUGUUUCAGUGUAGCCGCAUUAUGAAGCAGUAGUUGCUAUUAUCAAUCCAGAUAGAGAUGCGCUCUUGAAAAAAGCUGAAGAAAUGGGGAUAAAUGAUGAUAUUUAGUAUCAGCCAGAAGACGUUAUAUAUAGGGACUAAGCAAUAAGGGAAUUAAUAGUUAAUGAGUUGAAAUAAAAAGCAGAUCAGUUUGGCUUUUAAGAUUACGAAAGAAUUGAAAACAGAUUCCUAUUAAUAAGUUAGGAAUUCCACGAGUUAGGUAUAAUGAAUACUUCAAUGAAGAUGAUGAGGCACUAGGCUGAAGUUAAACUAAAGCCUAUGUUAGACAAGAUAUUUAAGCAUUAUGUUGAUUAGUGA